GUUGAUGCUGCCCAGCCCUAACAAGAAACAACUACAACUCCAUCAAAGAACAGCAGCACGUUUGGAAAGAGCAAGUUAAAUUGCACUUGCAAAGUCAGAUCAUACUUUGCUUCCUCUCAUUCAGCCAAGUUUAACUUUCUCUGACAUGCAUAAUUCUAUUUCGAGUCCUGUCAAAAUCAUUCUUUGCGAUUCAUCUUUUGCUAAUUCUCCCUCUCGAUAUCCCCCCCACCCAUUUCCAUUACAUCCAACCGACAUCGUCACAUCUGUACAUACAAUCUACCGUCGACUCUCUGUUAAUCGCCAUCAUCUACAACUUAGCAGCAGAAAUUCACGAUAAUAAUUCCUUUCGACAUCAAUAUGAGGCCUCCGCUACCCAAGCCAAGUGCUCGGCCCAUUAAUAUCAAGCAAUCUGCACCUAUAAACCUACAGUCUAGCUUCGCCGAAGAGCAAUGGAUCAUCACUGCUAACUUAGCGAGACAACGAUAUAGGGCCACAAAGGAUCCCUACUACUUGGCAGUGGAGGUUGCUGCGAAGUCCCAAAGCGAUAAUGUCGCGGACCGUAGUGCUGGGAAAGCUGCUGUCGAGAAGAUGAUCAAGGAUAACGUCGUCGUGACUGAUGUCGAUGCCUUAGAUCUAUAUGAAUUCGCGUGCUCGCAUGUUGACAUCAAGUAUCCGGAAACGAUCGGUGUACUCCGAAUAAGACUAGUGAAAGCGUCCCCAAAAGACCAGAAAGCAUGCACUCGUUGCUUUGAUGCUUGUGUCUGGAAUUCCGAUUGGAAAAAUGCCCAACAGAUUGCGGCAUCCUUAAAUAAAACAUUUGCCGCUGAUCGAAAGUUGUUGUUCCGAUAUAUCAUGACAACUCAUUUAUACUCUUUGUCUAGGGAGUGCCCUGAAGCUAGCAGAAAGAUUUUUGCAUCUCUCGCAAAAGCUCAGGCCGACAAGGCUUUCGAUUUGCGCACUGACAUUUAUGGCCUAGAAGGACUUCAUCGAGCUAACCUGGCCGAGCCCGAAGAGUGGGUGUGGCUAGAAAUUCGAAUCGCUCAUUGCAGCUCGAAGGAGAACUUGGAACUUUUUAAGAAGAAUGGGUGUACCCCUCUUAACUUCCUCCACGCCGGCCGUUACGAACCGUUCUGUAGAAUUGUCAAGUACCUACAGGAGCAUGGUGAAUCGGAUGAGCUUUUCCGGAUCGGAAAGGUUAUCUUGGAAGAUUCCAUUACUGCCUUGCAGCCUGAUAUCGAAUGCUUUGAAAAGAACGAGGAAAUCACCCGUCUAAGGAAGCUCGCGGACGAUACUAUCAACAAAGGCUCACCAGAACAAAUAUUAUCUGUGAAGGCGGACUUACGCCAGGCGAUCAUUUCGGCUAGACCUGGUCGAAAUAUAAAAGACCAUUGCUCCAUCGUCGUCAGUUACGAACAUAAGUUGUUGAAGACUUGGGCCGAUGCAGCGAAGCGUCAAGCGGACCCAAAACGGGCAUUGAAGCAACUUGGAAACUUGAUCGAGAAAUUGUCGAGGAACCUAAAAAGAGCCCAAUCCCUACGCCCGAUCGCCGAAGUGACACUAGAACUUAUUAGCUUGGAUAUCAAAGUCUCACGAGCUUCGCUGGCGUAUCCAGGACCCAAUCCGUGCAUAACUUCACGGAUUAUAGCCCUCGUCAAACACGUGGUCAAAAAUUGCGAGAACCCUACUUCUCUAGACGAGGCUACAGUUCUCAUACGACAGUUGGGUACCACAGAAACAUCUACGUUCCUGGGUGUUUUUAAGACUAUUGCUGCGCAGUGUGACGAUGCCUUCAAACGGUAUUUACUGACGUCGAUAUGCCUUAAAAUUUGGUAUAUCGUUGCGACGAACACGGGCCUCGCGUGUAAAUUUUGUCGUACCGAAUGGACAGGCCAUGGUUGUCGACUCUGUUUGAAAGAGAUUACAGCUAUUGCGCUAGAUUCAUAUCAGUCAGGCCUAGAAGACGAUAGUCUUAUUCAGGACAUAACAUCUCGGCAAAGUACGAAUCCGCUGUCAGACAUUUCGGUAAUCGGCGCCAUGAGUCUCUUGAGACUCGCAGGGCUUGGUAAUCCGCGGGCACCACAUGGAGCUAGCUCGUUGUAUAACGCAGACAUCCCGCUGUUUAUGCAGGCUGUUCUAUGGUUGGACUCGUGCAGGGACCUGUCGCCGUACGUAUCUACCGAUCAUAGUGUUGUUCUCGUCAAGCUAUAUAUCUUGAUGGGUUGUGUGUCCCGAGCCAGAGUCAUCUGGGAGGGCUUCGACGUGAAGAAUGCUCUACUUGAUUCCUUAGGUCUACUAUUUAUUGAUCGACUGUCUUCUAUCUCUCCAGGCCAUUUCAUGGGAUCGAGUCGCAGCAAUCCGGUAGAGCCUUUUAUGAAUCAUUUUACGAGAGAAUUCAAAACUACAAUACCUAAGAAAAUUAUGGAUUCUUUGGAGGAGCAAACAUAUUCGAGUAUUCCGGAUAUAAUCGAAUAUGCCGAAAGACAUGCGGCAAGCUGUAGUGUUGUCCUAGCUAUGGUUGAAGAGCGGCGAGGUGCAAGAAUGAAGGCGAACAAGGCUGAGAUUGCUAUUGAUGACAGGCCUCUAGUCAGGGAUCUUUCAAUCGAACACGAGCUACAGGACGUAACUGACUACAAAGUCUUCAGUCUAUCAAACGGAGCUAGUGAUGAGGCAUCAAACCACUCCAUAAUUCACAGUGGACCACUCCCUACGGGUAACCGAGCUCACCUCGGAUUGCUUGCUGAACGCUUUCUCGAUCUCGUCUGUUAUGUACAGCCGAAAGAGUACAAGCCGCCGAAAGCUGGACGCGUUAUUCAACUUGACUGGGAAUAUGCACUCGCCACUUCAUCUCGUCUAGAAAAAGACAUGCGAACUCUCAUGCCUACUAUUGACUCAAGUCUUUCAGAGAAAGAGCAAGUCGAACAAUUCCGACAACAAGAACUAGUCGCGAAAUCCCUCACUUCGUCCGAGUUAUGGUACCAUGGGAUCGUUCGUAGGCUAGCAAGUAUGGUGAAGGAUAUUGUCGGAUCUGGAAUUCUCAAAGCUCCUACUAAUGACAGCCGCGACCGCAUUCGUUCCACCAUUGAGGAAAUUCUACGCGGGUUAGAAAUGCAGACCAAUGACUUUCUGGCUGUGCCUCAAAGUCACCAUUCGAAGCUUCAUGGUUUUCACGGGUUUGCGGCCCUACAUGCUAUGGGCAUGUUACGCGAGACAAUCAUAGUUUUGAAGCAUACGGUGAACUACCUUACCAUCACGUCUGAGAAGGCCAAGACUGUCGACAAGCUCCGCUCUCAGGCAGAACUUGCAUGGUUUACUCCCGAACUGAGAAAGAUGACAGCGGCUGUAGCUGUUUCUGAGAAAUCGGUAAAAACUCGCAUUAGCCAGCUGCAGGGCUACCUCGACAAUAUGGAUGGUUGGCGUGAUCGUCUGUGCGAUUGGGUAUUUGGCAAAUACGCUAUCGUGGUGGACAACGAAAAAGAGUUUAAGAAUGAGGUCUGCCAGAAGAUGCAGGCUAUCGUCCCCAAAGAUAAUGCGGAGAAGUGGACAGACGACAUCGGUAACUCAUGGCGAGAGCUUAUUAAGGGAUGGGCCAUCGUCAAGUUUGACUGAUCUUCCCUUAUUUGCCGCCUUACUUAUCCACUGCUCUGUUCGGCUAGUUUGGUUUUGCGCGUAGAUCACAAACCCUAGGAGGCUUUAAGAAGCUUUGCACAUUGACAUACAAUCUUAGAGUUUUAGCAUAAGCCCAGGUGUGGAUGGGGUUGGUGUGGGUUGC